AUGUCUACUUCAUACCAAGCCCGCCUCCGGGCUUUGGUCUCGGUGUUUUUGGCUACAUUCAUUCUGGCAGCGCAGGCCGCUGUCCCUGCUUCCACCUAUGUCGGCAUGGGUACAUCCUCCGCCUCGAAAGAUAAUGUCACCGUUUCCGUCAACGUUCCUUCCGACAGCAGCGACACUCUGUUCUAUCAUUUCUCCGCGCCCUCGUCUCAAACAUGGGCGGCCUUUGGCUUUGGGAGUCAAAUGAAGGGAGCCCUGAUGUUCGUCACGUAUGCUUCACAAGAUGGAAACAACGUUACUGUCAGCCCACGGCUGGGCAAAGGCCAUGUCAUGCCACAACAUACCUCCGAUGUGAAAGUCGAUGUGCUCAACGGCAGUGGAAUAGUUGACGGGGUUUUCGUCGUCAAUGCCCAAUGUACCGGUUGCCGCAGCUGGGAUGGCGGCAGUGUGAAUGUCGACAGCACCAGCCAGAACAUGAUAUGGGCGUUGGGACCCUCGGGCAAUCUCGAAUCCGAUGAUGUAGCAGCGUCGAUCAGCCAGCAUGAGGGUUACCAAUUCUUCGGUCUGAAUCUCAAAGAUGCAACUGGCACUGGUGGUGUCCCAAACACCUCAAACUCAACCAGUGACAACAAUAUCGACGAUGGUCCCUUUGGCGGUGGUGGCCCUCGCGUAGGCGUUGCAUUCCAUGCGUUCCUUAUGGUUGCUGCUUUCUUGGUCGUCUUUCCUGCCGGUUACUUGUUCUUGCGAGUGUUCGAGAAGGUCUGGCUUCAUUGGGGAGUCCAAUCUGCUGCGCUGCUUAUGGUCUGCGUUGGUACUGCAGCUGGUAUCGGUGUCAGCAUUCGGGAGGACCUGACACCCAGCCUCAACUCCGGCCAUCAGAUUCUUGGCUUCGUUGUUACCGCUAUUGCCAUCACGACCUGGUUGGUUGGAUUCAUCGGCCACCGCAUCUACAAGAAGACCGGCACACCCGCGAAAAUCAUGAAGGGACAUCGCGUUCUCGGGCCGUCGACCAUCUUGUUCGGACUGGUCAAUUGUUUUGUGGGCUUCAACUUUGCCGGCAAUAACCGCGGGAUGAUCAUCUUCGGUAUUGCCACAUUGUUGAUGUUGAUUUUCGUCGGCACUCUCACGUUCUUCAAACGCCGGCAGAAGCUGCGGAAGGGGCCCAUGAACACACCUGCCGCCAUGAAUUUCCGUGAAGGGCAAAUGGAGCCGCGCCAGGCGGGACCGCCAGCAGCACCAUUGUAUGGUGAGGGCGGCAUACCGCUACAGAGUUACAAUGCACCGCCUGUUUAUCGGUGA